UCCAUUCGAUUUGAGAGUGUGCCUUGGUUUGGAAGCUGUAUUACUCUUUUCAGUUGUGGUUUAGAUUGAUUAAGGUUAAAAGAAAUUAACAAUUGGUUAAUCAACAUAAAUUAUAAACUCAGUCAUUAUUUAUUUAAUUUUUAUUCUCACUACACCCAGUCUUUCACAUGGUAUAUGAUUAUUGUGCUCGUAACUUCCCCAAAGUAAUCAAUUUCUAGAUUGAAAAGUGUCUACCCCACUCUACGUGGGUUAAGUUCCACAAAAUGGAGGGCUCAACAAACAACCACACAAACUUAAAUGAAAUGUCGGCAUCAUUAAUGUCACUGAGUAACAAUCAUGUCAGUGAUUUGCCUCGUACUCUUUAUGUUGGUAACCUGGAUCCUCAGGUUAGUGAUGAACUGAUAGCAGCUUUAUUUGGUUCCCUGGGAAAAGUGACCAAUGUCAAAAUUAUCCAUGAACCCGGCAAUGAUCCAUAUUGUUUUGUUGAAUUUGCGGAACAUUCUGCUGCAUCGAAUGCCCUGUUAACUAUGAACAAAAGAUUGUGUCUUGGAAAAGAAUUGAAAGUAAACUGGGCAACAUCUCCAGGAGCCUCGGGACCUAAACAAGAUACCAGUAAACAUUAUCAUAUUUUUGUGGGUGACUUGAGUCCAGAAAUAGAGACACAACAAUUGAGGGAGGCUUUUGCUCCUUUUGGUGAAAUCUCUGACUGUCGUGUCGUCCGAGACCCUCAAUCCCUUAAAAGCAAAGGAUAUGGGUUUGUUUCAUUUGUUAAAAAAACUGAUGCCGAAACAGCCAUUUCAACAAUGAACGGACAAUGGUUAGGAUCAAGAGCCAUUAGAACCAAUUGGGCCACAAGGAAACCUCCUACUAGAGGAAGCACAGAUAUCACAACUACUUCCAGCAGUAAGCAGCUCUCAUUCGAUGAAGUUUAUCAACAAUCAAGUCCAUCAAACUGUACCGUCUAUUGUGGUGGAAUUUUACAAGGUCUCAGUGAUGAGCUAAUACAAAAGACUUUCUCACAUUUUGGGAUGAUUCAAGAGAUUCGAACUUUUAAGGAGAAAGGUUAUGCUUUCAUUAAAUUCGCAACCAAGGAGGCAGCCGCCUCUGCAAUCGUGGCAACACAUAAUACCGAAAUAAAUGGUCAAGCAGUUAAAUGUUCUUGGGGCAAAGAAACAGGUGACCCAUCAAACCAGGUUCCAGCUACCAGUGCAGUUGCCGCACAAUAUACUUAUCCUUUUCAUCAAAUGGGCUACUGGUAUGCUCAAGGUUAUCCUCAAAUGCAAGGAUCUUUCAAUCCGGCGGGUGCCGCUGCUGCUGCCUCCAAUUUACAACCAAUUCAAACUUACCCAUGUGGUCAAUACUAUAAUGCUCCAACCGGUACAUCAGCGGCAGGCUUUAACGCUGCUGCUGCGGCUGCUGCAGCUGUUGGAAUGCAAAUGGCUUGGCAAGGAGCCGCAGGUAUGCCCGGAGCUGGAGCUUCUGGAGCCGCUGGACAACCGCAUCACAUUGCCGCUGCGACGCAUCAUCAAAAUCCUCUAGGUCAAGGGAGGUAAAUUACAGAUUCUCAAUGAUUUUGGUCUAGUUUUCGGUGAACAAUGAUCAUGAGAAAUGAGAGAGUAAAUUGUAUCGAUUCCAUCGACCACUUUUUGAAUACAAACAACUGCACGAGUUUGGUAUCCAUUGCCACAGGAUGAUGAACAUUGGCUCCAAUUUUCAGCUCGCCAUCUUUAUUGUCAUACAAAAAUAAAAUAAGAAUGAAAAAUAAAAUUAAAAAUCUCAAUUGAAGAGAUUCUGAGAAUUAAACCCA